AGAAUAACAAUUAUGAGUCGAGUUUUUAUGUCUCUCAUUGGUUUACAUUGAUUGUUAUUGGAAUUAAAGUAAAUCGCAUUGUAAAGAAGUUAGUUUUCUGGUUGCAACUCAUUGUUCAACAUGGUGCUUGAAAAUUACUGUGGUUACAAUGCAUGGAACCUGAACAAGUUAUGGAACUCUGAAACGCUACUAUUUCCACCAUGUUUAAGCGACACUGGACUACUUUGGAUAGCCGCUGGAUUCAUCUGGAUCUCGUGUCCAUUUGCAAUUCAUUCAGUCGCUUCGAGUUCGGGUAAAAAGUUGCCCUGGACUUUACUCAUUUUCACUAAAAUAAUUGUUGGAUUAAUACUCAUUGUGUCAAGUGCUUUUGAAUUUAUAAGUUCAUUGAUUGAACUUCGAAGUGAUGAAAUUACUUAUCCAACUGAUUAUUAUACUCCAUUCAUAAAACUAUUGACUUAUAUUUUGGCCUUUUUCUUAAUAUUACUUUAUCGUCGUAAAGGAGCUCACACUUCAGGAUUAUUGUUCAUUUUUUGGCUUCUUAUGACAAUCUAUUCAUCAAUCAACUUUUCAACGUUAAUAGCUUCCCUUAAAUACCCUUCUGUACAGAGUUGGUCAUUUGAUAAAAGCGAUAUAAUCAACAAAUCGUUGCAAACUUCGGCAACAAUUUGUCAAUUGAUUUUGUAUUGUUUCGCCGAUACUCGAAGACAAGUAUUCACAGAAGACGUUCAGAAUGAAUGUCCAUAUGCAAGUUCAUCGUUCAUCAGUCGAUUGCUCUUUUUCUGGUACGAUUCAAUGGCACUCAAAGGAUUCCGUAAAACGCUUACACAGGGUGACAUGUGGAACCUGAUUAGUGAUAAUCAAACACAAACCAUUGAGAAACACUUUGAUCCUCAUUUACAAUCUGCAACUGAAUACAUUCAAUACAGCAAUUAUGAUAAACCAACGACAAGUUCAUCUCAAAGAAGGUCAACCCUUAAAGUUAGCAUUUUGGGUGUUUUAAUUAAAGCUUUUUGGCCAGUUCUACUGUUUGGUGCGAUUUGCAAAUUGAUUUCAAGUUUACUGGUAUUUGCAAGUCCACAGUUGAUGGAUGCACUUUUAACUUUCAUCGUUUCCGAUGAACCAGCCUGGAAAGGUUACACCAUUGCAAUCGGAAUGUUUACCGCUGCUCUGUUCCAAUCGAUAUUGGACUCGCAAUAUGAAUUUUGGACACAAACAACUUCAAUGAGAAUGAGAUCGGCCUUGUUGGCAACAAUUUAUCGAAAGAGUCUCAGGUUAUCGAGUUUAGGAAGACGAGAUUUCACUACAGGUGAAAUUGUCAACCUAAUGGCUGUUGAUACUCAACGAAUUGUUGACUAUGUUAACAUCGUUAAUUUUGUUUGGUCUUCACCGGUUCAAUUAGUUAUCACUGUUUACCUAUUAUGGCGACAGUUGGGUGUUUCAUCGAUUGCUGGUUUAGCUAUUAUGUUGAUCUUGGUUCCCUUUAAUGGGUUGGUUACGACAAAGUUUAAAAAUUGUCAACUUCGUUUGAUGAAGGAAAAGGAUGCUCGAUCUAAAUUGGUUUCUGAAGUUCUCAAUGGAAUGAAGGUGUUGAAAUUGUAUGCUUGGGAAGGAGCUUUUGGUGAUAUCAUUGCAUCAAUCAGAAAGAAUGAAAUUGAUGCGCUUAAAAUGCAAGCAAUCUGGUCAGCUGGAAUUACAUUUGCCUUUGCAUGUGCACCUUUCCUGAUAACUGUCAUCAGCUUUGCAACUUACGUGCUUAUCGAUAAAAGUCAUGUUCUUGAUGCAAACAAAGCAUUUGUAUCAAUCUCAUUGAUUAACAUUCUUAGUGGACCUUUAGCCUUUCUACCCAUUGUGGUGACAUAUGGAGCUAAUUUCUUCAUUUCAAUUCGUCGAAUAAACAAAUAUCUUCAAGGAGAUGAACUGGAUGAGGAUGCAAUCUUGCAUGAAGUUGAUCCAACAACUCCAGUAACAAUACGAAAUGCUUCCUUCUCAUGGUCACCCGAUGAAGAGGAAACCCUCAAAGACAUUGACAUGGAAGUUAGCAAGCAAAAGUUGGUUGCUAUUGUUGGAACUGUUGGAAGCGGUAAAUCAUCUUUACUCUCGGCUUUGUUGGGUGAUUUGUACAAGAAGCAGGGCUAUGUUAAUGUAUAUGGUAAAAUAGCGUAUGUACCUCAAUCGGCUUGGAUACAAAAUGCAACGGUUCGAAACAACAUCAUCUUUGGAUCACCUUUUGUCAAAGACAAGUACGACAAGGUAAUUGAAGCUUGUGCACUGGCUCCUGAUUUACAAAUUUUAACUGGCGGUGAUCAAACGGAAAUUGGUGAGAGAGGAAUCAACGUCUCGGGAGGUCAAAAACAGCGAAUCUCCAUUGCUCGAGCCGUUUACUCCAAUUCCGACAUUUACUUGCUCGAUGAUCCACUUUCAGCGGUUGAUGCUCAUGUAGCCAAACACUUGUUUGACAAGGUUAUUGGACCAAAAGGUUUGCUCAAGAAUAAAACUCGUCUUUUGGUGACUCACAGGAUAACCUUUUUACCCCAAGUCGAUCAAAUAAUUGUCAUGAAAGAUGGUAAAUUCCGUGAAAGUGGAACUUAUGCUGAGCUGAUGGCUAAAAAGGGUGAAUUUGCAGACUUUAUUGUUCAAUAUUUGGCUGAACAGGGCGAUGAAUUGGAUCCAGAAGCGGCAAGUUUGAUAAAGACUUUGGCUCCUGAAAUCGAUGCUAAAUUGUCACAGGCAAGAUCUGAAGCUUCAAGUGGUUCACUAACCUCAUCACUUCGCCAACGAAAGGGAACCUCUAUGGUUAGACGUCGUACAUCAACAAUAACAAGUGGACUAACUCAGGCUGGAGAUGAAGUCAAUGAGAAGGAAAACAAGUUCAAACUGAUUGAGAGUGAAACAGCUGAAACUGGUUCGGUCAAGUUAAAGGUUUACCUCGACUAUUUUGUGGCUAUUGGAGUAACUGCUUGUAUAAUGCUAAUCAUUUUGUUUGGAGCUUCAAGUGCCUUCAAUUUGGGUACCAAUUUAUGGUUAACUGCCUGGUCUGAUGACUCGUUGAACCCAGCCAACAACAACAACACAGCUCUUCGUAACAAACGGCUUGGAGUUUACACAGCUUUAGGCUUGUCCGAGACCAUUUUCACCCUUGCCAACACCAUUGUUAUGAACAUUUGCAUUGUGAAUGGUGCCAAAUGGAUCCACGAGAAAAUGUUGACUCGUCUAAUUAGAGCUCCAAUGUCAUUUUUUGAUACAACUCCAUUGGGACGGAUACUCAAUCGAUUCACCAAAGAUAUUGAUACAGCUGAUACAACAAUUAGUUUCAAUCUUCGUCUUCUUGUAUCACAAUUGUUCCGUACAAUUGUAUCCAUUAUAGUCAUUUGUUUGGAAACAACCUAUUUAAUUGUCGUAAUUAUUGUUCUUGGUGUUGUUUACAUUUUGGUCCAGAAAUUUUACAUUUCCAGUUCACGACAAUUGCGUCGUAUUGAAUCAGUUACUCGAUCACCAAUUUACUCACACUUUUCGGAAACGGUUACAGGAUCAACAUCAAUUCGAGCUUAUGGAGCAUCGGAAAGAUUCACCAAUGAAAUGUACACUCGAAUUGAUAUCAAUCACAGUUCAUUUUAUCCCAAUGUUGGUGCUAACCGUUGGUUAGCCAUAAGACUUGAAUUAUUGGGCAACUUGAUUGUAACGAUAACAGCCUUGUUUGCCGUCAUUACAAAAGGAGGAUCAAGUCCUGGUACUACUGGACUAUCAAUCAGUUAUGCAUUACAAAUUACAAGCAUCUUGAACAUGUUGGUUCGAGCAGUUUCAGAUGUCGAGACAAACAUUGUUUCAAUUGAACGUUGCUUAGAGUAUACAAGAGUACCUACUGAGGCUCCAUGGGUUAUACCAUCACAUCGACCCAAAGAUAAUUGGCCCAAAAAGGGGCAAAUUUCGUUCAAAAGCUACUCAACUCGAUAUCGACCCGGUCUUGAUCUGGUAUUGAAGGACAUUGUGUGUACCAUCCAACCCAAUGAAAAGGUUGGAAUUGUUGGACGAACUGGAGCAGGUAAAUCAUCAUUAACACUUGCCUUGUUCCGUCUAAUCGAACCUGCAAGUGGAACCAUUACCAUCGAUGAAGAGGAUAUAACGCAAUUGGGACUUCACGAUUUACGAUCUCGACUGACGGUUAUACCACAAGAUCCAGUGCUUUUCUCGGGUUCCUUUAGACGUAACUUUGAUCCAUUUGAUAUGUACACUGAUCGGGAAAUUUGGCGUGCACUUGAACAAGCCCACUUGAAGAGUUUUGUUGACACUUUGGACUCGGGGUUGGAACAUGAGAUUGCUGAGGGAGGAGAGAAUCUAAGUGUUGGUCAAAGGCAACUUGUUUGCCUGACUCGUGCUCUUCUGCGAAAGACCAAAGUUCUAAUUCUUGAUGAGGCAACAGCUGCAGUAGAUGUUGAAACUGAUGAACUGAUUCAGGAAACAAUCCGUAAAGAGUUUAAAAAUUGUACCAUUGUUACAAUUGCCCACAGGUUAAACACAAUCAUGGAUUACGAUAAGAUCAUAGUCAUGGAUAAAGGUCAAAUCAUCGAAUACGAUUCACCUAAAAAUCUUCUUGCCGAUACUAAAACAGUCUUCUAUUCAAUGGCAAAAGAUGCUAAACUUGUUUAAAUUUUUUAACAAAUUUUUUCUUUUUUAAACCUAAGUUUUAAUCAAACAUUUUUGAUAUAUAAUAUUCAUGCAAAUAUUCAUUCAUUAACUUCAUGUAUUUGGAAAUAAAUUAAAUGACAAAAUAAAUUAUUUUGUAUUCAA